GCAGAGGUGGAGGAAACACUCAAGAGACUUCAGAGCCAGAAAGGAGUGCAAGGAAUCAUCGUGGUGAACACAGAAGGCAUUCCCAUCAAGAGCACCAUGGACAACCCCACUACUACACAGUAUGCCAACCUCAUGCACAACUUCAUCUUGAAGGCACGGAGCACUGUGCGUGAAAUUGACCCCCAAAAUGACCUAACCUUCCUUCGAAUUCGCUCCAAGAAAAAUGAAAUUAUGGUUGCACCAGAUAAAGACUAUUUCCUGAUUGUGAUUCAGAAUCCAACCGAAUAAGCCACUAUCUCAGCUUCCUGUGUCAUUCCUUAAUUUAAGGUCCCCCAAGAGUAAUAGUGUUAAUCAUGUCAGUGGGCACAUGGUGGUUGCCUAAGAGCCCAUGUAGACUAUGCCAUUGAUCAAGGGUAUCUCUGUCCACCCCAACAAGGAGUGUCUCUGGUGAUCCAGUCAGUUCCUAGGAAAGCUCAGUUCUUAUUUCCAGGCUUUGGAGUAAGAGCUUAUGAUAAGCCCAGGCUUUGGAGUAAGAGCUUAUGAUAAGCCCACACCCAGCUUCCUUCAGACCUUGAGUUCACUUUGUCACCCUUGGAAAGCCUGUUUUUUCUUUAACUAAAAAUAACUUCAAAACCUG